UGGAACUCAAAUUUUAAGCUGAUUAUGUUUUUGUGGUAAUGUCAAUGUAAACAUAAUGGCAUAUUUAAGCAGCUUUCUCUUGUAGCAUUUAAACACAGCUUAAAAUAAAUCUAUCAGAUACAUGCCAAUUUGCAGGCAACGUUUUCGAUUAUUUUAAUUUAGUUUUACUUUUCCAAUUACAGACAAAACGCUGCUAAUAAUCAUGGUGGUAAAAGUCCUCAUAUUUUUCUUGUUGGUUGCCAUAACUGUAAGUUCCUCGCAUUAUAUCCAAAAUGAAAAUAGUGAACUGAUGGAUGGAUCUGAAAUAAAUGAAGCCAGUUUAAUACCAAAAGUACGCACGAAACGUGGCAUUUUUUGGGAUUUCUUUCAAAAAGUCAUCACCACUAAAAAUUUGGUUGUUGAUCAAUUUAUUGACACAAAAAACAGUUUAAAUGAAGUCUAUAAUAUGUUCAAUAGCGCAUUUAGUGAUCCUGCUCCGAUGAAACCUACAUUGCGUCCACCACCAACUACUGAAAGUUCCAAAUCCGAAUCUGAUGAAGAGAACACCACAGAAAUGUCAACAACUACGGAAAGGUACACCAUUUCUCGUUAUGAGUUUGGAAGAAUCCUAGGACGAAAUUUCCGUGGCUUACAGCGCUUAAUGAAAAUCGAACUCGAUGAUGCUUUUAAUCAAACGCAAUAUAACAUUGCAGAAUACAAAGCAGAAGCGAAGAAACAAUUCGCGAAUAGUUUACCCGUUGAAGCGAAGAACAAAAUUAUUAACCUCAAAGGAUGAGUCCCUUUCCGAAUAUUAUAAUUAAAUUAAUUUGUUUUGUUAAUUUUAUAUUACUUUAAAGUUAACAACUGCCAAUG